AUGGACAAAUUUGAACAUUUGAAAAAGUUCAAUUAUGAAGACUUUCAAAAUAUACAAGAUCUACCGAAUAUUUCAGACGAAUUAAUCGAAAUCAAAUAUGCUUAUUUGAAAACGAGCAAUUCUCAUGUUACCAUCAAAAUUUUAAAAUAUAAUGAAAAUGAAUAUUACAAUAGAUUAAAUGGAGAAAUACAAAAUUUAAAAAAUAUUCUCGCCAAUGAAAAUGUGAUCAAAUUUCUUGGUGUCACUAAAGGGGUGAUAUUAUGGGAGAUAUCAAGCGGUAAACCAGCAUUUGAUAAUAAUCAUGGGAUAGAUAUAGACAAAUUAAAAGGUUCUCUUUUAAAUGGAAAAAGAGAAUUACCCAUCAAUUUAACACCUGUAGAUUACAAAGAUCUUUAUUGUGAUGCAUGGGAUAUGGAUCAUACCAAACGUCUAUCAAUUAAUGAGGUCGUCGAUUGUCUCGAAGAAAUUGAUCUUGAUUUCGUGUAUCACGAUUAUGGUUGUACUCCAAAAAUUUCUUGUAGAAAAAAUAAUUCUACUACAAAAGAGGAAGCUUGCUUAAAAAUCAUUGAAGGUUCGCCUCGAAAUCACUACCUUUUCCUUCCUGAAGGUGUAAUAUUUGUAGGAAGGAAAGAUUCAAAUGACAUCGUUAUAAAAGAUCAAGAAAUUAAAAAGAAACAUGCAAAAAUUAACAAUUAUCAUGGGCAAGUUGAAAUCACUUGCUUUGAUUUUAAAUCAAAAAUUUUUAUUAAUGGGACACAGCUUGAUUUUCAUACUCUAUAUAAGUUGAAAAAUAAUGACAUAAUUAAAAUGGGAAAUAGCACUUUUCAAUACCUUCCCGCCGCUAGAGAACUUAAAAAAAACAUUGAUUCACGUUUACAGAUUUAUAAUAACUAUUAUUUGAUGAAAAGUCUGAAUGAAGAAUUUGAAAAUAACAAAAGCAGCCGAAAUAAACAAAAAUUGAGUUUAUUGUUUUGUGAUUUGGAUCACUUUGGAAAAGUUAAUAAAGAACAUGGCCAUGAGGCUGGAGACUAUGUUUUAAUAAAAUUUUCAGAGUUAAUCCAAAAUGAAUAUGUUCGUAAUAACGUUAUUUUUUCUAGAUACGGUGGAGAAGAGUUUACUAUUCUUCUCAUUAAUAUAAAUUUAAAGUCGGCCUGCAAAAUUGCUAAAGAUAUUCGAACCUCUAUUGAAGAAUAUCAAUUUAGUUACAAAGAAGACAAACAACUGUCUAUUACACUUAGUAUUGGUGUUUCCGGAAUGAACUCCUCGAUUAAAGAGUCUAAAGACAUAUUAUAUCAUGCCGAAGAAGCUUGUAGGAUGGCCAAAAAAUAUGGUCGUAAUAGGGUGGUAAUAUGGGAGAAUGAACAAGUAUCAAUCCGUAUUAUUUUAGGUAAAGACACAACUGUAGUCAAAAAAGACAAUAAAAAGGCAUACAUGUUGUUCUUGGAAUCCGCAGCUGGUGGAAAUAAUGAAGCACAGAUUAAGCUACAAUUGGAAUUCCAACCUCUCAUUCCAUCUCAAGCCUCACCAUUUCCGUCAGACGAAAAUGAAGUUUUAAAAAUUGAUACAAAAUGGUACUCAAUUUUGGGUGAAAAAUUACCUUUAAUCGAACCCAAACAUUAUUUCAUAUUUAGUGAACUUAUUCUUCAACCAAAACUAUUAUCUCAUCAAAUUCAUGCAAAUGUGGCAGCAGUUCUUCCAUAUAUUCGACAGCAAGUUAAAAUGCGUGAAGUUGACAUUCUUAAAGCCGAAAACUUUGCAAAUUUAAUCAAUGAUGAAGAAGAUGAAUCUUCUGAUAAUGAAUCAAAGGAUGAAAGCAAAAAGUUAAUGAACAGAUUAUCUAGAUUUGAUUGCCUUGCUACUUUAUUGGCCUCUGCUGAAUCUACUGUUGCUCAAAAUAUUUUUCAAAUUAUAUCACAAUUUCCAAUUGCACUUCCUUUAUUGAUACCCGAGUUAGAUAACUCUGAGAAGUUUAAAAUAAUGCUUCCUUUAUAUACCGGACCAGCUAUCAAAUGGUGUACAAGCAAUGGAUCAAUUAUAGAAAAUCAUCUUUUUGAGGAUUCUUUUAAAAUGAUUGUUGCAGUUCGGAUUGGAAUGAAUCCUCAAGGCAAAAGUACCAUACUUAAUCGGUUGAUGGCUUCAAAAUAUAUGUUCACAUCAUCUUCUGAGCCAAGAGCCGAGUAUGGAAUUCCACACAUGAUCAAUGGAAGUGUUGAGUUUGUUUGGCUAACAGAAGAGACUUGUGGUGCUGAUCUAUGGAACAACGUUUUUAAAAAUCAUUAUUAUUAUGAAGGAAGAAAUGAGAUUGUAUUGCUUGCAAAUUUACAUGGUGACGCUUUAUAUCAUAAAGAUCAAAUUGAAUUUCUAAAACAAUUGGCUUCUUGUUUCUUGGUUUUUUUGAUGCCUGGGCAUGAUGAAAAUCAAAGAAUUAAACUGGAAUCAUUAAUUGGUUUAAAAAAAGUUAGAUACAUCUAUGUGAAUCCUGAGAAUAAUGUAGAUGUAAGGGAUAAUUACAUAAUUGAUACAAAAUCUUUGAUGAGUAAUGAAGAAUGUGAAAUUUUUAAAGAUGUCUUAGAUCUUGAUUCUGCCGAGCAUGGUAAAUUUCCAAUUAAUAAACUAAAAAUGGAAGGAACACUUCGACUUGCUGAAACUAUAAAAUGUGAUGAAUCCCAGAAAAUUAUAAAAGAAAUUAUAAAAGUUAUUAAGGACAAAACUUGCCGUCAUAUUAAAUUAGAGAUUGUACAACUUCAAAGAAAAGAAUUUGAGGAUCAAUCCGAUUUCUCAAAAUUUUCGCAGUUCACAAAAGAGUUGAAAUUAUUCAGUUCUAUUAUAGCACUACCUAUUAGAGAAAGAAUAAAUGCUUUAGCACAUCUUGAAAGAGAGUUAUCCAGGCUUUCCACAUUGGAGUCUUCUAAACCUCGGAAUGACGCUAUAUCGAAAAAGAAACAAUUAAAUAACGUGAAUAUUGUGAAAAAUGAUAAAGAAAAAAACCAAAUUCGUGAAGCAAUUAUAAAACUUUGGGAAGAAGUUGAUAACACAAGUUUGGGAAUCGAACAUUUCUUUCGAGGAUUAGGACAUAUGUAUAACAUCUAUAAAAUUUUUAUUUCUGAUCCAAAAGUAAUGAUUUUUGACGAUGGUCUAACAAAAGAAAAUAUUUUGAAACUACCAGAAUAUUAUGCAGAGUUGUUAAUUAAUGGUCACACUAUAGAAUUGGUUGAUGGUGAUUCUGCAGCUAUAUCUGAAGCUUGGUUCUUAGCAGUUUGUAGUUAUAUUAAUAGAAAAUUUCCCAAUCUUAGGGUUUAUGUAAUCAGUAUACUUGGAUUACAAUCUUCUGGAAAGUCCACUCUCCUAAAUGCACUUUUUGCAAGUAAAUUUACUGUUUCAGAAGGACGUUGUACUAGGGGGAUUUUUAUGCAAUUUUUAUUUUUAGAAAAAGACUUAUCUGAUCAACUUGGCGUUGAUGCUUUUAUUUUGAUUGACACUGAGGGACUUGGUGCAUUAGGGAAAAUGGGAGAAUUAGAAACAGAUAAGAAGGAUCAAAUAAUAGCAACAUUUGUAAUGCGAAUAAGUCAUUUAAUAAUUAUUAACAUACUUGGGGAAUCAAUGAAAGAGAUCUUACAGAUAACUAUUAGAACAAUGGCAAAUCUUAACACGUCUCCAAAUAUACUUAUAAUACAGCAUGUUGUAGAAAAUUAUAAAACAAAAUCAAUAGAACUAGAACAGAAAUUUCAAGACAUUUUUCAAGAAGUUUUAGAAAACGUCAAACAUAUAGACGGUAAAAUGGAAGCAUGCAACUUUGAGUGUCUUAGUAAGAUGAAAGAUAAAAAACUUUACAAAAUAUUUGCACCAUUUAAAAAUGAUAAGAUUUGCCAUAAGGAUAUUGUUGACUUAUACAAUUCUAUAAUUAAUGAAUGUAAAGAUUCAAUAAUUAAAGUAACAUUUUCAGAAUGGUUUCCACUAAUUAAAGGAUAUUGGGAUACAGCAUUAUGUGAAGAUUCAUUUAUCCUAAAGUUUAAAGAAACCUUUGAUUUCAUUAAACUUGGAAAGCAAAUCGCAAAAUUGAAAGUAAUGAUUGAUAUGGCAUUUUUAAAACAUAAGGAAUCGAUGGAAGAAAAAAUUCGAAAUAUUGUUCAAGAACAGAUUUCAAAAGGUUCAAGUGUGGAUUCAAUUAAAUCAGAAUGUGAAGAAUUGAUUAAAAAGUUAAAUAAUGUUCCAGAGAUUAGAAUUAAGGUAGAUUGUGAAGAAUGUAAAAAAGUAGCUAAAGAGAGAGAUGAAUUUGAAAAAAGAAAUUAUGUUAUGGAGAAUGAAACGAUCGAAGGGUAUAUCAUUGAUUGUCGUGAAUCUACUUCUAUGGAGCUUAAAAAGAUGCUUGAUAGUAGUUUAACGCGAAAAAAAUUUUUCAGCCAUUAUGAAUUUAUUGACAAGUUAUUAGAAAUGGUUGUAAGCACACAGAAGGGAAUAGGUAAUAUAUGGAACUCGUUGCGUGAAAGAGUAUUGGCAGAAAAUAAAAAAUUUAUGAAUGAAGAGAUUGAUAACAAAGUAUAUCAAGAAUAUAGAACGACGUGGACGCCAGAUCAUUUCAAAAAUUACAUAAAGAGAAAUAUUCCAGAAUUAUCUAAUAUUGAUGCAAUAUGUUAUCCUGGUUGGUUUUCAAUGAAAAAACGUUUUGGUCCAGAUGAUAUAGCAUGGCUCAAAAAUGAAAUUAAUCGUGUGAUAGAACAAAUUUCAUCUAAGACUAACAAAUUUGAUUCUGAAGUUGUUCAUAAACUUAAAGAUGAAACAGAAAAAAUAUUGGAUAAUCUUUCAACUCAACUUGACGUAAAAUUUAAUUCCGAAUUUAAAAUAAAUGUUCAUGUUUACGCGUUAUUAGAGAUGUUAGGAAUUCUAGAAAAAUGGGACAAACAUAAUACACUACUUGGAGUGCUUGAUAAAAUAGAAGCCGAAUAUAAAGAAAAGAUUGAGAUUCGUGUUAAAUAUGACCAUUUGCCUACAUAUAAAGGUCAUGUAACUGGUGACUAUUUAUUGAAAGCUAUUCAUAAAAAAGCGAUAAAUGCAGAAAGUCGAGAUCGAAUAGAUAAUGUACUUAGCAUUCCUUGGAUAGGGUCUUCUGAAACAAUUAGACUUAAAUAUUUUAUUGAACUUGCUGAGCAAAUUCGUAAUGGUGACAAAGUUAAAGCAGUACUGCACUUUUCAUCCCCUAAAAAAAGGAUUGAAGAGUGGUUUCAAGACAAGGUUAAUAAGUAUACAAAAAAAGAAAAAGGACAAAAAUAUAAGGAAACUUUUGAUAAGCAACUUAAUGAUGUUUAUCAGGAAAUUAGCAAAUGUAAAAGUUAUAAUGAUAUCAGAAAAUUUGUAAAUAAAUAUAUGGCACAGAUUGGUGAUAUUGACUAUCAAUUGAACAUUAAAGAUAAUUCAAUUAAUGAAAAUUUUGACAUGUUUUAUGAAGCUAUCGUGAAAGAACUCGAAGAUAAAUGUAAAGAUCAUUGUCAGCUAAAAGAAGAAUCAUUACCAAAUCCAUCGGAUGAUAAAUUGGUUAAGAAAAGGCUUGGAUGCACAAAACAUUGUUACUGGUGUGGAGCUUUAUGCUGGGGAGAAAGAGACCAUGAUAAGAAUAGUGGAGAGACAAAGAGUCAUCAUUCUAGCCAUCAACCGGGGGGCCUUAAGGGGACACAAUAUAAAAGCACGAGAAAACUAGUUGCGAUAUCGUGUCACAACCGUUCGGAUGAAACAAAGGUGUAUUAUUCUAUAGAUAAUGAUGCAAAAAUUCUGGAAUGGGGUGAAGCAAAAUCCACUGACUUCAAAGAUUGGAAAUUUGAACCCCAUUAUAUCACUAAUUUUAAUGAAAUUAUGUGUUGGUUUUUUGAAAAUUUGCAUAAAGAUCUAGCAGAAAAAUAUCAUAGCAAACCAGCAGAUGAGUUAGAAUUAAGAAACCACG